AUGCAGUCAAGGGUGUUCAAUUUUCCUGGGAAGGAAAGCAAACCUGAUUACGAACAUCGUAUUUCCGGUCGCGUGAACGAGAUGCUUCGUCAAUCUUCACCUCAAGCUCGCUCAUCAAGAACCUCUUUGCAAAGAAACUGGCAACCGUAUGCACCCAUUCUGAGCAUCCACCCGCAGUUGCUGCAAAAAGCCGAAAGCAGGAGCCCGUCUCGCGCAAAUGUGACGCACCUAACGCGCGCCUCUUCUGCUUCUUUUCUCACACCACACGGAUCACAGGUGGUGUCGCCGUCACGACUUCGCUAUGUAGGAACUGAGUCGACGAAACAAGUGAAUCCAAAUGACCUCCUUCGUGGAGCGUCUGUGGCAAAAUUCCGUCAGCGAAGCUGUUCGCAGUGUAUCCAGGACUCGCCUAGGCAUUCUAAAGCAUCAAACACGCACCCGGUGAAUCAUGAAUCGUUCAGCGCAGUCCUACCAUGUUCGCUUCAUCCUCUGCUGCAACAAGCGUUGCUGCUUAUCGAGUCUGCUGAGCUCGAAGAACGCUUGGCAUUUUGUCAGGAGGAGAUGGACGCCUUUGAUUCGAUAAUCACCGUAUUCGGUGUGGCGAAGGAGGUCGAAGUUAUUCGCGUUGCUGCGUUUGAAAUGUUUCACAUCGAAAGGGCGUCCCGACGCGCACUCAAGCGUCAAGAACGACACGAACGGCAGAUUCUCCGACUUUGGUACUGCGAGAGCUACAAAGAUGCUUUGCUCUCGGAGGAAGUGCGGGUAAUUCGGCAGCAAUCUGAGGAAUCAAGACGCUUUUUUGGACACUCGCCUUCGCGCUCGCAAAGCACUUCUCCGAAACAGCAAUCGCAGGAUCUUUUCGACAUGGCUGCGCCUCGGAAUGGUUCCCUCUCGUCGAAAAAAGUGCCAAGCUCACAAAAAAGUAACAAAAUCGCUCAUAUGGCUUCGCUUUUGUUCUCUGCAUCGAGAAGGCAGGGGGAAGGCAUUCGAGGCUCCUCUCCUACGGACAACUGUGACGAAGUGCUGCACAGCUCGCCUCGAGCGUUGUCGCCGAUGCCAUCAGAGCCUUAUUUUUCACACACCGUCGGCUCAUCUUGUUCGUUGCACAAACCUAGCGACUCGGUAAACGUUGCAGACAGGCGGAGGUAUUAUCGCGAGUACAGUGACCGUUGUCGGAGGACACUUGGAAGCAUGGAGGCUGACCUGGAAGAUCGGAUCGCCAGACAAGAGGCUUUACUGCUGCCCGCAAGACAGAGCUAUCAAAGCAGCGUCCCCUUUUCUCUGAUUACACGGCAGGCUCCCCCGCUGCUGCCGAAGUCAGCGGAGGAUUAA